CUUUUCUCUAUGUUUGCAGAACAAUAGAAGAGGGAAGAGUUUCCAUUAGAAGCAGGAUUUCGGGCACACGGAAGGACUCCUUGGUCUGCGUGAUGCUCUCACUGGGAAGGGAGCAGGUGCUAAACGCCGAGCUGGGCGCAGGGCUUCGGGCAGCAGUGAGGGGCUGGACGCCCGGGGCUGGGAGCUGGCCGGCCCACAUUCGUCUAGACACAGGUGGUUCCAGGACGCCCCUGCUUGCAAUGUUCCCAAGAAAAGGAUGUUUAGGGGACUGGAGCCCAGGAGUCUUGGGGACCACAGUCCGCACUCUGCCCUCCCAGAAGACACAGACGUGGCCUGUAGCAGCCGGGUGGGAGAACUGGCAUUUCCCCCAACAGACCCUGACACCCUUUGGCACAGACCCGUGGUUCUCAAAGCCCAGUUCCCAGACCUGCAGCAUCAGGUUUUAUUUCCUGCCAGAUCUUCCAGACCAGAACAUCAGCUUCACCACCCCCAGACCCUCUGAGCCAGGGUCCCCACAGGGAGUGAGAAUUGGUCCUGCCCUCGAGGACUUGCAGACCUGCUGGGGACAGAUACACGAAGCAGGAAAUGACAAAGUAAUGUGGAAGCAGAGGGGCGAAACUGGACCCAGGUGUUGCCGGCACACAGAGAAGGACCAGCCAGGUGACGGGUCCCGUGUGGACAUCCGGCCAGCCUGGAGUUGGUCACUCCUGCACUACUGACAUCCCGGCACUGCCUUCCUCAGAACUUGGCCGUUCCAGAAGAAGAGAGA